GGGCACGUACGAAUGAGGAGCCUUGUUUUGUCAGCUCCAGGCCUCAGUUUCUCUAUCUGGAAAAUGGGGCUAACAGUGGAGGGGAGAUGGAGAACCUCCAACUCUGUGAAGAGACCUGGUGGGUGUCAAACGCCACUCCAAGUCAGGCCAUAUCAUGGCAUCCAGUCAGAAAUGAGCUGUGGGGUGUCCCUCCCCCUCUGUGCCUCCAUUUCCCCAAGGGGAAAAAACAAGUCACUCCCUCUUGGCGAUCCUUCCUCGAGCUUUCUGGGGUUUUCCUGUUAGAAGCCCAUUUUUCAAACCAGGAAAGCAAAGUGCUUUCAUGGCCCCCAGCCCCACUAUUCCUGGGGGUGGGGUCAGCUCUGACUUGCACUCCAAGCCACAGGCACCUACCCACCUCAGGGGGCCUGGAGAAGGGAAUCUGGGGUCCAGUCCUUCCUGACCACCCAUCUUACUCCUCUAUUAGGGGGAACUGAGCAAGCCACCUUAUGGAAAAAGAGAAAAUGUGUUUGCUCUGGAACUGGCCAAGAUUCCCUUUGCUUCUCUCACUGCCCCCAACCCCUUAAUGUUCUUGCCCCCAGACAGCUGCAGCUGCCAACAGGCAGCCAGGCCAGGCGAGACCCCUCUCAUUUCCGUUCCCCCCCCCCCACCUCCACCCCCAGAAACCACAAAAGGACAGAUGCUGAAGACACACGCUAGGCACAGAUAUCAUCUCCCUUCCCCUGGCCAGCUGCCCCAGUCCCCUUCCCCCAUUGCGCAAUUAGUCCCCUGGGGAGAGGGGACGGGAAGAGCCCUCUUGGGGGAGGGGAAGUCAGAACCCCUGUCCCUUCCGUUGUCUCCCCCCUCCCUCCCGCUGCGUCAGUAUCCAUUUUAGCCAGUGACCUCUGGGACAAUUUCCACACCCCCAAUCUGGUCAGUUUCGCCACCAGAUCCUGGUUCAAUUUCAACCCUCAAUGGUGGUCCCUCUCACCCCCUCUGCUGGUCAGUUUUACCCCUUCCCUCGUUCAAGUCCAGCCCCCCAUUUCCCGGCCAAUUUCCACCUCCCCUCCCUCUCUCACUCCUCAGCACCUCUCGCUCUCAGGAGCAAGGUCAGCCCCGGUAGGUUCCCACCUUCUGCUCUCCUCGCUCGGUCCUGCCAGCCUCGGCCCUCCGGGUCACUGUCCAGCAGCCGCGGCCUCGGCCCCCCGCGACUCCCGCCCCGCAUCCCCCCUCCCUCCGCGGGCAGUGGCUCCCCUCCCUCCCCAGAACAGCUGAAGGUCUCUGUCACCUCCGAGGGGCGCGCCAGGGGAGGAGAGGGGGCGGGGGAAGCCGCGGAGUGGGAGGCGGGGAAGCCUUGACGUUGCUUGCUGCUCGGGACCCGGCCCGGGGCUGGUAGGGGCUGGGGCGUCAGUCUGAGCGCCCCCUCCCCAAAGUCCCCCCUCCCAGCCGUGCGCCGGCUGCGGCUAAAGUCUCUCCGAAAGCGUGAAGGGGGAUUGGAGGAGAUUUUAUUUCCCUUUGUGCCCGCGCCUGGGGCCGGAUUGAGGCGGCCGGGCAGGGGGCUCCGGGAUUGGGGCUCCCCCGAAGCGGCGAGGAGCGCAACAAAGGAUGCUCCACACCAGGGUCGCCGUCCCUGCAACCCAACUUUGCGCGCGGCGCCCGCGCCCCCGGGGAGCCUGCCCGCUGCGCUGAGAACCCAGGCGUCCGGGCUGAGCCAGGGCUGGGGGCGUCGGCUCUGCAGGCGGCGCUUUCCCCGGCCCCCGGCUCCCACGAGGGGAUCCCGGAUCUUCCCGGAGGCAGCGGGCUACCUAGCCUCGCACGGAGACCGCGCUGCCGGGGGAAACUCCGCGCGCUUCCGCGGAUGCCCCUCGCUCUGGCCGGACGACCCUGUGCUGGGCGUUCAGGGCCCUGCCGGGUGCCCUCUUCCCCCGCCGUCCUCCCAGAGCCGGGCUAAGGUGCGCUUUUGCUCUUCCUCCUUCCUCCGUCUCCUUCUCCUUUUUUUCCCCUUUUCACCCUCCUCUGAGCUCAGCCAAGGAGCAUACUUGAUCUUUCUCCUCCUUCUUCCUCUCCUGCCCCUCCUUCCUCCUACUCCUCCCCGGGGACUCUGCGGAGGUAGGGGGUCCAGAAGGGAGCAUGUGGGUCCCCCUCUGACAGUGGCCAGGUUUGGGGUGACACGAGCUCAAAUGGCCAAGUGGCUCCGAGACUACCUGAGCUUUGGCGGUCGGAGGCCCCCUCCACAGCCGCCCACCCCCGACUACACGGAGAGCGACAUCCUACGGGCCUACCGGGAGCAGAAGGAUCUGGACUUUGAGGACCCCUAUGAGGACGCGGACAGCCGCCUGGAGCCUGAUUCCGCGGGGCCUGGGGACUCCAAGGGCCCUGGAGACGCCAAGUAUGACUCUCCAAAGCACCGGCUCAUCAAGGUGGAGGCAGUGGAUAUGGCCAGAGCCAAGGUCUUGCUGGGCAGUGCCUGCGAAGAGUCGGAAGUCGAUGCCGAAUACUCGGACCCCUUUGAUGCUCAACCUCACCCGCCACCCCCGGAUGAUGGCUACAUGGAGCCCUAUGAUGCCCAGCGAAUUGUGAGUGAAUUGCCAUGCAGAGGGUUGCAGCUGUAUGACACUCCCUAUGAGGAGCAAGACCAAGAGCCGGGAGAUGAGACUCCUUCAGGUCGGAAACCUCGACAGAGUCGGCUGCCCCAGGAGGAUGAACGGCCAGCAGAUGAGUAUGACCAGCCCUGGGAAUGGAAGAAAGACCACAUCUCCAAGGCAUUUGCAGUGCAGUUUGACAGUCCUGAAUGGGAAAGAACUUCAGGGUCAGCCAAGGAGCUCCGGAGACCCCCGCAUAGAAGCCCCCAGCCCGCAGAGCGUGUGGACCCGACCCUGCCCCUGGAAAAACAGCCGUGGUUUCAUGGCCCGCUGAGCCGGGCAGAUGCCGAGAAUCUCCUGUCGCUCUGCAAGGAAGGCAGCUACCUUGUACGGCUCAGCGAGACCAGCCCCCAAGACUGCUCCUUGUCCCUCAGGAGCAGCCAAGGCUUCCUGCAUCUGAAGUUUGCGCGGACCCGAGAGAAUCAGUUUGUGCUGGGUCAGCACAGUGGCCCUUUCCCCAGUGUGCCAGAGCUGGUGCUCCAUUAUAGCUCCCGCCCACUGCCCGUGCAGGGCGCCGAGCAUCUGGCCCUGCUGUACCCCGUGGUCUCACAGAGCCCCUAACAGAGAGCCUCAGCCCCUUGCCCUGAGCCUGGAGGACCCAGAAUCUCUGGCUGCAAAUGUUGGAAAUCUUUCCAGUCCUGGAGGAGGCUGGAUGGAAAGUCUCCCCACCCCUCUAGGCCCUGAGUCUUAUUGGAGCUGCUCUGCUCCACCUCCUUCUGGGUCCUGGAGCCCAGAAUUGUGUCUUGAAGUCCUCCUCUGGCCUGGAAAAUAAAUAAGUUAUUGUGUG